GAAUUCUCCGUGUGUUUAGUGUGCAUGUGUACGCAGUCAAACUUGGAGGACGAUAAUAAGGGGUUUCCUCUCGAACUCAGCGAAAGCCGACAGCUCACUUUCCACAUCCAUUUUCGUUUUGGCAGUCACUUGGAUCACAUAGCCAUGGAUCAGACGUUGUACCACGGAAAUCUUGGAGCUCGCUUGUCGAUAGCAGCAUGUUUUCUGCUGAUUUUCAUCACCCAAACUCGCGGUCUGACAUUCACGGACCCCGAGCGAUCGUACGUUGUGUAUAAUCCUCCGUGGAGUCCGACCGGGCAAGUGCAGGCGAUCAGCUUGCAGUUUCGCACGGUGACGGGAAACGCGCUUCUUUUUGCACACCAUUAUCUCAGGGAAAAUGAGACAAAAUACAGUUUUGAAGUGGACCGUUUUGCGGUGGUUUUGCAGAUUAUCUCGGGAAAAGUAAAAGCCACUCAUUACUUCACAACCAUCCAAGAAAGUGUUACAGCGGGAAUGGAUGUCAGCAACGACCAGUGGCAUAACGUAUCUUUCAGCAUCACCCCCGCAACAGGCGUCAUGUCACUCACCGUGGAUGGCCAGACGGACUCUGUGGAACUCAAUGGUUACAAGUUUGCCUCUGCCUCAAGCAUCCUUAGUGAUAAAUUUGGAAAUAAUCCAUCGGCUACUGUUUAUUUGGGAGGUAGGUAGUUAAUAGAGUGAAUGUUCUUUCUUUUAUUAAUUCACAGGUUUUCUAUGACCAGAGGGGAACAUAGAAUAGGAAAUAGUUGUUGAAACUAUGAAGAAAUAAUGUAAAAAAUACGAGAAUGAAAAGUGAAAUAAAAUGGAACUGCAUAAUACAACGUUGAAUAAUGAGAUUAAGCAAGAUAAUAUAGAGGAGAAAUGUAGACAGAAAAAGUAGAAGGAUUGAAUGUAUUAAAUAUAAUACAGAUACAUAUGUACAAACGUGUUAUUAAGGAGGUGUAUUGGUCAGUGGAUAAGUCUCCAGACUUUGAACCAUGGGGUCUGGGUUCAAAUCCCACCUCAGAUCAUGUAUCCUUUGACAAAGUGUUGCCACUCCCUACCCAGGUGAAUGAAAUAGGUACCUAGGGAGAGUUACCUUGAAUAUUCCAGCACCUGUUCAGGGAAUGUAUGCUUAAGAGGGGUAGUAUGCAGCAACGAUUAGAAACAUUGAUAUCAACCACUCAUUGAAUGUUUUAUACUAGGCCUAUCAUUAUCAUUAUUGGAAAAGUAAAUUGUAUUGGUUUAGGAAUGGCAACAAUUCAUAAAAGACAGUUUGUGAAUGUGAUAAAUAAUAAUGAUAAAUUGAUAUAGGACUUGUAUAGCGCAUGUAUUCACCUUGUUACGUGCUCAGGGUGCUCCUAUAUUAACCCAGCUAUUAAGUCUACUGAUUCAACAGCUUUUUGAGGAAGUACUUAAUUCCUGCCAGUAACCAUUUACCUCACCUGGGUUGAGUGCAGCACAAUGUGGAUAAAUUUCUUGCUGAAGGAAAACACGCCAUGGCUUGGGAUUGACCCCAUGUCCCUCCUAUUGAAAGACGAGAGUCUAAACCACUAGACCACACUCCCCCACAUUAGACAUGGAAACAAUUCACAUAGUCACAUACCCCUCAUAAUUUACUGGGACAUAGGGCAAUAAAUUUGCCCCUAAAAUGUACAAAAUAUCCCAGGCUUAAGGGAAAUUGGCAGAAACAGGAGUUCGAGAAAUUGUCUGCAUAUACAUGUUGCCCCACAGUAAAAUUUGAAAAAAAACCUUUUGAUGUAAUGCACUUCAAACACUCUGUCCGGCUAUCUACUUGAGAUGUUGAUGUAUCGUUAACUGCAUGGCGUGCGCUGCAUCCUGCACAGAGUUGAAAAGAGGUCACUCUCUUUUAUUGAUUGGCCAAGGGAAUGUGUUAAGGUCUUUGAGAAGUGCAUUACCUCAAGAAUGAG